UGGGGAAACGGAAGGUGUGGGGUUGCGGAGCGCUAGUUCUAACACCAUGGAGGUUGAAUGCGGGACACCUAUCCUGUUUUUGCCUCAGCCCCGAGAACAAGAGCGGAAACUGCAGCAGGAGAAGCUCUCCGGGGUGGUGAAGAGCGUUCAUCGGCGCCUGCGCAAGAAAUACCGGGAAGUGGGUGACUUUGAUAAAAUAUGGCGUGAACAUUGUGAGGAUGAAGAAACUCUCUGUGAAUAUGCUGAAGCAAUGAAAAACCUGGCAGAUAAUCACUGGACUAAAACUUGUGAAGGAGAAGGUCGCAUUGAAUGGUGCUGCAGUGUGUCCCGGGAAUAUUUUCAAAAUGGUGGAAAACGGAAAGCACUGGAAAAAGAUGAGAAAAGAGCAGCUCUUGCUACUAAAAGCAUUCAAACUACCAGCGUUCAUCCAAGUUCAAAAAUGGAAGUUUCUACUGAUAAUUUAAGCCAUAGUUCUAUAAUGGAUGAAUUGUUGCAUCCUUCAGGAAAAAUAAGAUUACUUGAUGUUGGCAGCUGUUUUAAUCCAUUUUUGAAGUUUGAAGAGUUUCUGACUGUUGGUAUUGAUAUUGUCCCAGCUGUUGAGAGUGUCUACAAAUGUGACUUUUUAAACCUUCAGAUUCAUCAACCUCUUCAACUUGCACAAGAUGCCAUUGAUGCUUUUUUGAAACAGUUGAAGAAUCCUAUUGAUUCCCUGCCUGGAGAACUAUUUCAUGUUGUGGUCUUUUCCCUCCUCCUUUCUUAUUUCCCUUCACCCUAUCAGCGGUGGAUAUGUUGUAAAAAGGCCCAUGAACUACUUGUAUUAAAUGGAUUGCUCCUUAUUAUCACUCCUGACUCUUCCCAUCAGAAUCGCCAUGCUAUGAUGAUGAAAAGCUGGAAAAUUGCUAUAGAAUCUUUAGGGUUUAAACGUUUCAAAUACUCAAAAUUUUCUCAUAUGCAUUUGAUGGCCUUUAGGAAAAUCUCACUCAAAACAACAAGUGACUUGGUGAGCAGGAACUACCCAGGGAUGCUAUACAUUCCCCAGGAUUUUAACACUGUGGAAGAGGAGGAAUUUUCUAAUAAUUCCUGCUAUAUCCGAUCAGAUGUUGAAGAUGAACAACUGGCCUGUAGCUUCAUGGAGCUUCCAGAUGCUCCUUAUGAUUCGGACUCCGGAGAAAGCCAGGCUAGCUCUAUACCCUUCUAUGAACUAGAAGAUCCUAUAUUGCUUCUAAGUUAAUGUAACAAUUAAAAUCUGCUUCAGAGUCCAAACUCCCUUUCCCGUAAAACUAAUUUUGCAAAAUUGACAUCUGCUCUGCACAUGAAGCAUUUAGAAAAAAGAAAUGCUAAAGAUUUUGAAAACUAUUGCUAUUUUUUUGUACUUAUAAAUUUUAAAAUGUAUUCUUGUAUUGAAAAAUUAACAUGUGUUUUAUGCAGUAUGACUCAUGUCGUAUCAUGAACAGGGUUUACUUAGUAAUAUUCUAGAAAGAUACCUUUCCCUUCCAGUGCUGUGAACUGUGAUUAUGCAUUCUAUGCUGAUGUGCCCUGGUUUGAUACUUUUAAUGCUUUUGAUUGAGAUUCAUGAUAGCAUUUCUGAGGUUUGCACAAAAUAGAUGAUAUGCACUGUUAAUUGUCUAAGAAAUAUGUUUAGAAAGCUUUGUUAGCCUUGAACUUGAACAAAGGUUUUGCUUGAGUUAAUGUUGAUCUGGUCAGUGAAAAUAACUGCAAAAUCACUUCACUUAAGUUGUAUUUGCAACUGGAGUACUUUAACAAAAUACAGAUCCUGUUAUCUGUGCAAUUCAGUAUACUAUAUAAUAUACAUAAGCAUAAACAGGUUUCUUUUAGUUACCUCACAACUUGUGUAUUCGUGCCAUUGUUUCAAUUUCACUGCUUUACCAAGUUUUCUUAAAUUAAUAUGUUUAUCCUAAACAUAUAUAAACAUUUUAGGCAAUGGGAGAAAAUAGAAGAUUGUUGCUUAAUUCUCUGUCUAGAUGUCAGGUUAGAUAGCUAAUCUGCAUAUGAAGACAAUAAGUUAAAAAAUUAAGAUUAAUUUCAUUCAUUCGAGUUAAAAAUGAGCAAUAAAACAUUUUGUUUUAAGAACAACUCCAACAUUUCCAUUCUUAGCUGCCCCAGAAAUUUACUAAUAUCUAAAGAUCGUUUCCUGAUUUAAUAACUGAUUAAAUAAUUUAUGUUUGCAUAUCUGAAUGAGGAUGUAGCCAAUAUAUUUUGAAAUACACAAAAGAGAAAUCUAAAAAACAAAAUAGUUUUACAAUUUCAGAAAUGAUAGUAUUAAUAUUAAUCAUUCAUUUCAGGAAGUCCACUGCUUAGUUUCAAGGAAAGUAUUUAUGAAAGGUAUUUAAAAAAAAAUUACAAUGCUUUUACCACUAAAUUUUUGCACAAAAGUUUCACAACUGACUUUUAGGUUUGCUUUUUACCUUGUGUGUUGAGUAAUUCAUGGAAUAAACCUUAUAUGUUAAACCUUAUCUAAAUGCAUUCAUUGGUGAGACAUGAACUAAAUAAAAGACCGCAAUUUUUAGCUCCAAAAUCAGAUUGGCAAACCAUUUACUCCACAGAUAAAGCAAAAUGGAGUGUGAAUGAGCUAUAUAUGUAAAAACGGUGCUAGAAAGUUUGCAGCCAACAUGUUACAUCCUCAGCAACUUUUUUCAGUUCCAUAACUAUAUGCUAGCCAGGCAAACGUUUCCUACUUCUAAUUAAAAAUUCAUUUUAACUAGAAUUUAAAAGCUUGCUCCUUUUAUAUUGUUGGACUAGUUUAAAAAUCUGUUAGUUUUACCAUCUUCCCAUAAUAUUGUUUCCUGUUUAUGUAUCCAGACUAUGCAUGAUGCACUGUUUAAUUAGCAAAAAGUUCUCAAAAUCCAAUAGUACAAUGCAUUUAUGUUGUGUGUAUAUAUGUGGUAUGCUGUUUUCCAACUCAUUCUGAUGCCUAAUCCAGUUCAAGAUAUAUGUAGAUGAAAUAGCUUCAAGUUUGAAGAUUAGAUAUUGGCCAGUAAUACCUGAUGACUUUGUGAAAAAUAUGCUGUUUUCCUGAAUGUUAGUGGAUAUGGUGAUGUUUUAAACUACUUGCUAUAUUUUACUCAAUAUAUUUUCACUGGAUAUACACAUUUCAAGACAGCUAUGUAGAUCUGGCAGACGUUCCAAGAAGGUGGUUCUUGAAAACACCAAGAGGUUAACCUAGGACUAACAAGGAAGAUAUCCUUUUCAAGUAUACCACAAAAUGUCUCAUUUUUUUAUGUUCUCAGAGCACAUCAGGAGAAAACAUCGAUUUUCUGAAUAGUGUUGAUGUAUACUAUUUCAUUCAAUUUGCCUUUAAUGAUCAAGACAGCAAAACUGCCAUUGUUACAUUAUUAAUAGAGAAUUUGAGAAUAUAAAAUAAUAUUUUAUAACAAAGCCAUAAUAAUGCUUGGUUAUAUUUAUACACAAUCUUGAGAGCAACUGUUUAUACAGAUCAGUACUAACAUAAUCAAAUAUUACCUUCAAUGGAAGACUGAGUUAACAUUCUGUGGCUUGCUUUGUUGGUUGUACCCUGGUUUUUGAUUUUUAAAUAUGUUUACAAAGUAGUGUAAUGUUGGCAUCUAGCCAAUAAUAGCUUAUUCAACAACUGAGAUUAAACUGGCUUGUUACACUAUGUUGUACCUCUUUGAAAACAUGCUUAACUUUCAGUUGUUCUUUAGGAUUUUCAUAUUUCUGUGUUUAAAAAAUAUUAAUAUCAAGCAUCAAUUGCAAUUCAUUCAAUCCAGUAUAUUUGCUCUUCAUUAAAAUGUUGAACUCUUAUGUACUUCCAGCA